AUGGAGUCUCACGAGAUGCUGUCGGUCAAGAACCCUCAGGUCAACAUUGAAGAUGAGAAGAGAGAGUUCGCCACACAGUAUGGUGGCCAAAGGACCGAGGGAACAAGAAACACGUCGACAAGAGUUCGAAGAAUUUUCAGCUUCGCACAGAUUUUCUUUUUCGCGCUCAGUUACAUGUCGUCCUGGGAGGCCAUCGCAUCAAAUAUCGCAUAUUUUUUCUGGAAUGGCGGUCCUCGCUCUCUUUCAUUCGGCUACCUUAUUGUCAUCUCAGGUGUGCUGUGUCAGGUCGCGUCCAUGGCUGAGAUGGCUUCAGUACAGCCUAUCGCAGGUGCGCAGUACCACUGGACUCACUACCUCGCGCCACCAUCGCAGCGGCGCUUCAUCACCUGGAUGCAAGGCUGGAUUACCUGGUUUUCUUGGAUCUCUUUGCUGGCUGGCGUGGCCAACAUUGCUGCUCUCAUGAUCCAAGCACUUGUCAUCGCCAACUAUCCCUCCUACAUUCCGCACGGAUGGCAUGUGACUCUGAUAAUUUAUGCCUUGCUCCUUGUCCAAGGCUUGAUGAAUCAGUUCGCUUUCUGGACAAUUCCAUGGAUUGAGUUGCUCUCUGGUCUCUUGCACAUAAUCAUGUGGGUGGUCUUCGUUUCGGUGUUGGUCACCCUUGCGCCGCGCCACACGGCGGACUUCGUCUUCUUGGAAAAGUCGGCACUUUCCGGUUGGAACAACGAGUAUAUCUCAUUCAACCUCGGUAUGCUUACUGCUACCUGGGGUUUCGUAGGUUUCGAUGGAGCAGUCCACAUGUCUGAAGAAGUGCGAAAAGCGCGACAUGCAGUGCCGAGAGCCAUGUUCUGGAGUAUUGUCAUGAACGGUGCCCUUGCCUACGGAAUGGUGCUCGUCUUCCUGUUCUGCGCGGGAGAUGUCAACGAACUUCUUUCUUCUGGCUACCCUCUUCUCCUCAUUUGCAUCAAUGCGACGCAGUCCACAAGAGCUGGCUCGGCAAUGGUCGGUCUGUCAAUGAUCGUCACUCUGGCCUGCUGUCUGGGCAGUAUCGCAUCUGCAUCUCGAUUGACUUGGGCGUGGUCUCGAGAUGGGGCGCUGCCCGCCUAUUUCUCGUAUAUCGACCCGAAGCACCGCAUUCCCGUCCGCUCAGUUUGGUUGCCAGUCUUCAUUGUCAUGUUGCUGGCUCUACUCAAUAUCGGUAGCAGCGUUGCCUUCAACGUUAUUGUCGCACUUUCGACGCUUGGCCUGUACCAGUCAUACCUCAUCGCCAUUGCCUGUAUGAUCUGGGCCCGAUACAGAGGAAGAGUCGAACCUUCGGGCUGGUCUUUGGGACGCUGGGGUAUUUACAUCAACGUCUUUGCGGUUAUCUACUCGGCAUACAUCAUGGUCUUCCUUUGCUUCCCAUCGUUCCUCCCCAUCAACGGUUCCGAUAUGAACUACGCCCUCCCGAUCAAUGCCUUUGUCCAGCUCGUUGCGCUGGCUCUGUGGUUCUUGUGGGGCAAGCAGAACUGGAAAGGACUCAACAAGGGCGUCGUCGAUGCUGUGGUUGCCGAUUCAGAUCGCAACACCAAGGACUAA